CGAAUAGUUCUCCUUUUUUUCUACAAAGGAAGAGGUGUUUUCUUUUUAAUGGCUUCAUAGCUGUAAAAGGACAAGUGGAACCAGAAGAAGGAGUUCCAGAGAACAGCGUGGCUCCCGAGAACUUAAUUUGGGAGAUUCUUACAUCCCAGGAUGAAAAUGGAAGAGAACCCUUUUCCAGUCUGGCCAAAAGAAGAAGACCCAGAAGAGGUCAGAGAAGCUCUUGGUGGCCUCCAGAGUGUUGUUGCCUUCAAACCCCAGGCAGAUGAGGAAGGAGAAGGCCCAUCUCUGGAGUCAGUGCGUUCUGAGUUUAUCGGACACCUUCCGCAAAGGACAAUGUCCCAUUGGAUGAAAGAAGAAGCAAGAGUGGGCAUGACAGGCUGCUGGGAAGCCCAAUGGCAAGCAUUUCUGAAGAAGAUGGAGUCCCCUUGCUCCAGCCGGAGAUGCGCACCCUCGGCAAAGGAGCCCACCACCCCGUGGGACAACGCCAAGGCAUUCUUGGAUUCCUUUGAGGAAGUGGCCAAAGCUUGCCAGUGGCCCAGGGAGGAAUGGAUACCCAGGCUCCUGCCGGCUCUCAGUGGAAAGACCCAACAGGUCUUUGACAGAAUGGUGGCCAACGAUAGGCUGGAUUACGGGAAAGUGAAAGCGGCCAUCUUGCAAAGGGAUGCUCUGAAGAGGGAGAAGCAUCGCCAGCACUUCCGGCAUUUCUGUUACCAGGAAGCUGAGGGACCUACUGCAGCGUACAAUCAGCUCCAAGACCUUUGUCAUGGGUGGCUGAAAGUGGAGAGACACUCCAAGGAGCAGAUCCUGGAGCUGUUGAUCCUGGAGCAAUUCCUCGCCAUCUUGCCUCCGGAGAUCCAGCGUUGGGUCUGGGAAGGAAAGCCCGAGACUUGUUCCCAAGCAGUGAGCCUGGCUGAAGAGUUCCUCCAGUGGCAAAAAGAGGCUAAGGACCACGGUGGAAAAAAGGUCAACAUCAAAGAGGGCUCUGCGCAUUCCUCCGGGACCGGCCAGGCUCCCACUGAGAUGGAGCAGAGGCAGCUGCAUGCCGAAACUACGCGGGAAGAUGGGGAGGAAAUGAAGAAUGAAGACGGGAGGGAUCCCAGUGUGAUCCCUUCAGAAACCAACCCUAUCGAAGUACUCAGAGAAAACCUAUGGAAGCGGGGUGAAUCAUACAGACCUGAGGAGAAAAAGAGUGAUGUCAUCAUUUCCUGCCAGGAUGAACAUGUCCAUGAAGUCAUCAUUCCGGGACAAGCAAUGGAAGAGAGGAAGAAACGGUGUCUGGGAGCCCCCUGGAGAACCCACCUCGUGGAGAAACCCAACAAGAGCCCAACUUUAGGGAAGAGUUUUCAUCGGAGUAGAAUCUUUGCCGAGUGUCAGCUUCUCGACUCCGGUGCGAAGCUCUACAAGUGCUUAGAAUGUGGGAAAGGUUUUGGCCAAAGCACUCAGCUGACCUCCCACCAGAGGGUCCACACGGGGGAGAGGCCCUACAGCUGCCCCAGCUGUGGCAAGACCUUCAACCAGAGCACCAGCCUGAUUCAACAUCAGAGGAUCCACACCGGGGAGAAACCCUAUCAAUGCUUCGAGUGUGGGAAGAGCUUCCGCCACAGCACCAGCCUGACCUCGCACCAGAGGAUCCACACGGGGGAGAAGCCCUACAAGUGCUCGGAUUGUGGGAAAGACUUUUGCAACCAGUCGGGCCUCGUUAACCACAAGACCAUUCACACAGGAGAGAGGCCGUACAAAUGCUUGGAGUGUGGGAAAAGUUUCAGCCAGAGCACCCACCUUACCUCGCAUCAAAGAAUUCACACCGGCGAGAGACCAUAUAAAUGCUCGGACUGUGACAAAACCUUUUGCGAUCAGUCAGGGCUUGUUAAACACCAGAGAAUUCACACAGGGCAGAAACCCUAUAAAUGCCUGGCGUGUGGGAAGAGUUUUAGCCAAAGCACCAACCUUAUUAGACAUCAGAGAAUCCACACGGGAGAAGCAGCCGACAAAUUAACCUCUCUUUGUGAUGCAACAGUUGCAUUCCAGUUUCAAAUGCCGGCCAUUUCUAAGGCUUAAAACAGGUGGUCCUCGACUUACGACCACAAUUGAGCCUAGAAUUUACGUUGCUAAGUGAGUUUUGCCCCAUUUUUUUUUGCAGGUAGUUCUCGGCUUACAGCUAUU